AUGGCGGUAGAAGAGAGAGCCACAGCCACCGUUCGAGUCUCAAACAUUCCCCGAUCAGUCACCGCCCAAGACCUCCUCGACUUCCUCGAAUCCCACACCGGAAAAUCCACUGUAUUCGCCUGCGAAAUCUCCUCCGAUCACAAGAACUGGAAGUCUAGAGGUUUUGGUCGCAUCCAGUUCGAAACCCUAGAAUCCAAAUCCAAAGCCAUAUCUCUAUCUCGACAGGGACUCCUCUGCUUCAAGGGUUUCAACCUCUCCCUCUCGCAUUCCCUCGAUGACGUCAUUUUCCGUCCAGUACAGCCCCACAAUCGGGUCGAACACGGGUUUUUGAGAACCGGAUUGUUGCUGAAAAGGGAUUGCAUGUCUGUUUUGGAGUCCUGGGAAGAUGUUAAAGCUUGGGUUUUGCCUGAAAGAAAGUCUCUUGAGUUUUGGGUCAAACAUUUUGGGGAUUGUUACAGAUUGGAGUUGCAAUUUAGCGAUGUUUUGGAGGCUUUUCCAUGCUCUCUUCAUAGCCAAGAAACCAAUGCAGUUCUUCUAAAGCUUAAGCAUGCACCAAAGCUAUACCAGAAACUAUCAGGAUCCAAUGUCUCACCACGGUUCACCCCCGAUCGUUACCAUAUCUGCAAAGAAGAUUUUGAGUUCACCUGGGUUCGAACCACGGAUUUCUCCAGCACGAAAUCCAUCGGUCAGUCUUGCACGUUAUGUUUGGAAUUUAAAGAAGGAUGUUCGGGUUUAGAUAGUUUCACAAGUUUACCUGUUUAUAUCAAAGAUCUGAUAGAUUUGUCGGUGAAAGACGGACAAGAAUUUCAUUCGUCGUCUGAUGUAGUUCCGCUUGUAAGAUGUCCCCCGGAGUUGGAUUUACCGUACGAGAUCCUCUUUCAGCUCAACUCCCUAAUUCAGACACAAAAACUAAGUCUUCCUUCCGUAGAUCGUGACCUAAUUGAGUUCAUUAUCAGCCAAAAUUCGGAUUCUGUAAUGACGGUUUUAAAGAGAAUGCAUAAAUCACAUUCCACUUGCUACGAUCCCAUUACAUAUAUCAAGGAUAAACUCGACAUCCAAAGUAAAACCGUCAAAAUCACAUCAUCUAUUCAAAGCAAAUCCGCAAGUCAAAACAAGAUAAUGAGCAUUCAUCGAGUCUAUAUAACCCCAUCAAAGAUCUACUGUUUGGGUCCUGAACUUGAGGCCUCAAAUUACAUAGUGAAGCAUUAUUCGGCAUAUUCUUCUGAUUUUUUAAGAGUAACAUUUGUCGAAGAAGAUUGGGGUAAGCUUCAGCCGACCGUCAUUUCAACCAGCCUUCAGCAAGGGAUCUUUUCAAAGCCUCAGAAAACCAAGGUGUAUGAUCGAGCGCUUGAUGUUAUGAGAAAUGGGAUUUGUAUAGGAUCAAAAAAGUUUGAGUUUUUAGCGUUCUCCGCGAGUCAACUCCGGUCAAAUUCUGUUUGGAUGUUUGCUUCUAACGACCACGUGACAGCCGAAAGUAUAAGGAAUUGGAUGGGCUGUUUCAGAAGUAUUCGUAGUGUAUCAAAAUGUGCUGCGAGAAUGGGUCAGCUGUUUAGUACUUCGAAGCAAACCAUCGAAGUCCUACCUCAUCAUGUUGAGAUUAUUCCCGAUAUCGAAGUCAAAACUGAUGGUGUUGACUAUUGCUUUUCAGAUGGUAUCGGAAAAAUCUCCCUUUCUUUUGCCAAAGAGGUCGCUUCGAAAUACGGAUUGAAGCAUACCCCUUCAGCUUUUCAGAUUCGAUACGGUGGAUAUAAAGGCGUGAUUGCGGUCGAUCGGAAUUCCUUCAAGAAGCUCUCUUUACGUAAGAGCAUGCUCAAGUUCGAAUCAAAAAACCGAAUGCUUAAUGUCACAAAACAUAGCGAAUCCCAAUCUUGCUACUUAAACCGUGAGAUCGUUACCCUUAUGUCGACUUUAGGAGUCGAAGAUGAUGCUUUUCUGGCGUUACAAGAUGUACAGCUUCGGGUUCUAAACGCAAUGUUGUACAGUCGAGAGGAUGCGCUCACUGUUUUAGAUAGUUUGGGAUCGUAUGAUGUUAAAGAUAUUCUCGUAAAGAUGUUGCUUCAAGGUUAUGAACCGAAUCGAGAACCUUAUCUCUCGAUGAUGCUUCUUUCACAUCACGAUAAUCUGCUCGUUGAUCUCAGAACCAGAUGCCGGGUCUUUGUCCCCAAGGGUCGGAUUCUCGUAGGGUGUUUGGAUGAAUCUGGGGUUUUGGACUACGGUCAGGUUUAUGUUAGAAUCACGUUGACCAAGUCGGAACUACGAUCUAGGGAACAUCACUACUUCAGAACAAUGGAUGAGACCACAUCGUUGGUGAUGGGGAAGGUUGUCGUCACGAGAAAUCCGUGUCUUCACCCGGGAGAUGUCAGGGUGCUCGAGGCUGUCUACGAGAUCGCAUUAGAUGAGAAAGAUUAUAAAGAUUGCAUCGUGUUUCCUCAAAACGGAGAAAGGCCUCAUCCAAAUGAAUGCUCCGGUGGUGAUCUUGAUGGUGAUUUAUAUUUCGUUAGCUGGGAUGAAUCUCUAGUCCCACCUCGGACCGUGACACCAAUGGACUACACUGGUCGAAGACCACGUUUGAUGGAUCAUGACGUGACGUUAGAGGAAAUCGGAAAGUUCUUUGUGGAUUACAUGACGAGCGAUACACUAGGGGCCAUCUCUACUGCACACUUGGUUCAUGCGGAUUGCGAACCCGAGAAAGCUCUAAGCGCAAAAUGUCUUCAAUUGGCCACACUUCACUCGAUGGCCGUUGAUUUUGCGAAAACGGGAGCUCCGGCCGAAAUGCCUCGGGGUCUAAGACCAAGGGAGUAUCCUGAUUUCAUGGGAAGGUGGGACAAACCCAUGUAUAUCUCCCAAGGACCGCUCGGAAAACUUUACCGUGCGACCAAGGAAUCCGAGCUUCUCAAAAUCUCGGCCUCCGCUUAUACAUCCAAAGCCAUCCAAGAUGCUUACGAUCAAGAUCUUGAAGUCGACGGCUUCGAGAAUUUCAUCGAGAUUGCACAAACACAUAAAGAGAUGUACUUGGAUUCUCUCACGAGCUUGAUGAACUACUACGAAGCAGAGACGGAAGACGAGAUUUUGACGGGAAACAUACGGAACAAAUCGUCAUAUCUUCAGCGGGAUAACCGGAGGUAUGGUGAGACCAAAGAUCGGAUUCUGGUGGCGGUCCGGCAGCUGCACAGGGAGGCAAAAGGGUGGUUCGAGGGCGGAUGUAAGGCGGAAGACCACCACAAGUUGGCUUCGGCAUGGUAUCACGUGACUUACCGUGCAGAUUACAGCAGCGGAAGCGUAAAAUGUCUGGGGUUUCCAUGGAUUGUGGGUCAUCUGCUGUUGGAGAUCAAGUCGAUUAACAGCCGAAAUAUGUCGAUGUGAAGAUGAUGGUGUUUUGAUGAAUUGAAACCAAAAUUAAUGCUAUUG